GCGCAGUGGAAAAUGGCGAUGAACUACGACAACCUGAAUGGAGGUGAUAUGGACACUUCUGACUCAAGGAAACGGCCAUUGGACACAGAAGUAGAAAAUGGGGUCCCUAAACGAUCUAACCAGGGAGGAGGCACACCCGAACAGCUCCAGCACAUGAUGACGGACGACUCGAAUGGCGACGCUGCUCUCGGGGACAACAUACACCUCAAGAUUCUCGUCCCCAGCAUCGCCGCUGGAGCUAUCAUCGGGAAGGGUGGGGAAACCAUUGCCCAAGUACAGAAGGAAGCUGGCGCCCGAGUUAAAAUGUCCAAAGCAAAUGACUUCUACCCAGGAACAACAGAAAGAGUAUGCCUCAUAAUGGGUGGAAUAGAAGCCGUUAGAAGAGUUCAGAAUUUCAUCAUGGAAAAAAUCAGAGAAAAGCCUGAUCCCAACCCUAAACCAGAAGAAACAAACAAAAACUUUGAAAGACAUAGACAAGUGAAGGUUUUAGUACCAAACAGCACGGCUGGGAUGAUCAUAGGAAAAGGAGGCAACUAUAUUAAACAGAUCAAGGAAGAAAGUGGAGCAUACAUACAGAUAUCUCAGAAGUCCAAGGAAACAAAUUUACCAGAGCGGUGUGUCACUGUGGCGGGCGACCAUGAGGCUAAUCGUAAGGCAGUAGACCUCAUCCUACAGAAAGUGGUAGAGGACCCGCAAAGCGGCAGCUGUCCUAAUAUCAGUUAUGCAGACUACACAGGUCCGGUUGCAAGUGCUAAUCCCACUGGCUCUCCCUUCGCUAAUACAAAUUUCACACAAAGUCGAAGCCAGGAAAUGGUCGUCAACAACAGCAACUACCCACAACAGGGUGCUACAGCUUAUAGCAUAGGCUUCAAUGGAAAUGGGUUUAACAAUAGUAUCGGCAGCGGUAUCUCAAACCUCAAUCUUAAUGCCGCAUUGGGAGGCGCACCUGGAGGGAGCAUGUCUAGCGGUGCCCUAGAUAACUUAAAAAUGACCCUACGGAGCAGUGGGUAUUCAGAACAGGCUACAGAGGAGAUUUCUAUCGCCAUGAACACACUAGCUAGUUAUGGAAUUUUAGGAAUGAUAGGACUCAAUCAGGUCCCAGGGGUGAGCAAUGUGGGACCCAUGGCUAAUAUGCCUGUUACAGGGGGUGCCGGUAACGCCCAAAUGGCUGGAAUUAACAUGGCUUCCUCCAUGGCAGCCACUAAUAUGAUGGUCACACCAACCUCUUCCCAACAGAAUGUAAACAACGGAUCCUACCUGAAUACCAGCAGUAACUCGGCAACUGGGAGCUUGUUUGGCCCUGUAGGGAGUGGUACGUCAGGACUGGGGAGUUCUGGCUCCACCGGAGCAGGAUCUAGUCUAUUUGGGAGUUCUUCUCCAAGUAUAGGCAACGAGAGAUAUGGUGGCAGUCCCAUGUUGAAUGACUCGUUUACAGGUGCCACGAGCUACACUAGCAAUCCAGCUACAUACCCUCCACAGGCCAUAGCAGAGCGUUCUCCCAACAUCAACCUGAAUCAAAAUUCAUUUGGGCUGGGAACAGGCAUGUGUAGCCCCACGGAGGACAAACAGCCACCCCAGAAACAGGAUCUGGAAGUGUCGGAGAGUAUAGUGGGCGCCAUUUUAGGACCUGGUGGGAAAGGAAUUGUAGAGUUACAAAAGUUUACUCAAACCAAUAUCCAGAUCUCUAAAAAAGGUGUAUACGUUCCAGGAACACGAAACCGCAUUGUCACAAUUACUGGUAUCGCCAACAACAUUCAGAAAGCUACAUACCUAAUACAACAACGUAUACAACAGGAGGAGAUCAAGAGAGCACAUCAAGCGGCUCGCUAGGAAAUCACAUAACUAUAGAGGCUUUAAAGAAAUAACUCAUUUCAAACAAGUAUAUUGUUCAAUAUUUUACCAGUCCUUGUCUUUGUUUUCAUUUUAUUAAUGAUUUUUUUUUUAACUUAUUUAAAAAUUUUUUUGUGGUUUCCUAGUGACAUAUGCACCCAUUGUGAUUGCAUCAUAUAUAACAUUCAACCAUAUUAGCAGAAAAACCUGUGUGUAGUUUUCAGUUGUUUUCUCUGGCACACAUAUACCACUGUGUUGUUAUGUACAGUACUGCAGGGAAAGUGUGAACACUGUGAUGAUAAUAUGUUACGUGGUGGCACGGACCUUGGAAAGCAUGCGGUUACUUAGCAUUUCUAUCCAGGAUUUAUUUUGUACAGUGGAUAUCUUAACUCAUUUUGUUAUUCUGUUAAAUAGUCAUGACUGUUGUAAAUUAUAAGGGUAUGUAUGUUGUCUUUAUUUUUUGUUUCAUAUUAUGAAGCCUGUCCUUGUGUGGCAGGGAAUGUUCAGGGCAGGAAAAAAACAUGUUAUGUUGUGUAUUCUACACAUCACACACCCUUUAUCUCCUCUCACCUUCUCACCCCUACAGUCCGUGAUAGGACAAUCUGCAUGAGAAAGAUGGUACAAUCCUCUGGGGAGUUGAGGGGUGGGUAGGUAAGGCCUGGAUGAUACCUCAUACAGAAUGCAUAACUGUCCCUUUCAUUCACUCGCUGUUCAAGCGAAUCCGGCAAAUUUUCAACAUUGAUGUUAAUAUCUCUGAUGUGCCACAUAGGGCUUAACCAUCACCACAGGGAAUCGUAGGGCUUAAACCAUUACCACAGGGAAUCGUAGGGCUUAAACCGUCAUCACAAGGAAUCGUGUGCAUUUUGAAGUGCUCUCUUUUUUAGUGAAACAAAUACAUUCAUUGUUUUUCUCAUUUAGCCGCAUUUUAAUUUUCAAAAGUAUACCACUUUUAACCAAAUCAUUUCAAAAAUGAGACUGGACAUUUCAUCUAUUAUACAAAUUUUGAUAGGAAAUUGAAAAUUGAUCUCUUUCUGUUUUAGAAAAUAUGCUACAUAUCCUAAGUUACAUGCUGUAGGUGAUGUUUGUGCUCACAACACUGCAUUGUUUUAAAUGCUAUAUGUCAACAAAAAACAUAAUCAUGCAGUCAGCAGAGAAUUUAAAGAAUCCAUGUAUUUUAUACCCAUCUACAGGGGUCAACUUUCAAAUAAGGUUUUAAAGCAUAUUAUGCAGAACCGAGUAAUUGAGGGGACCUCUGUUACAGUGCGUCAUCGUGAAUGCCUAUCUGUUUAUCAAGUUUUUUAAGGCAUAGGCUUUUUUUGAUUUCUUGUCCUUUUUUUUAAAAAGGCAGUGGUGUGUUAUGUAUUAUUCUUGCUAACUCAGCAUUGUACAGGAAAAGAACCUAUGUAGUCUUUCACAGAGGAAUGUGUUGAAGUUUCUGAGUUCUGUUUUGUUUCGAAUUGUGUUAAAGCCCAUUGAAAAGUGAAUGUGGGAAAUGUUUUGGAAUGUAACCAGCAUUUUUCGUUGAAAAGCCAAUGGAUUGGCAUGAAACAUGAUCAUGGAAGUUUUGGUUAGCCAAUGAAAUAACGCAUUUCAUUAAUGUUAGCCAAUAAAAUUAAUGUUUCAUUAAUGUUAGCCAAUAAAAUUAAUGUUUCAUUAAUGUUAGCCAAUAAAAUUAAUGUUUCAUUAAUGUUAGCUAAUGAAACCAAGUGUUAACUUAUUACCUAGGAUUUCAGUUGACUUGUGUGUGUGCACUGUGUUGAACUUUUUUUUCCAUAUUAUAUAAAGAUAUAUAUAUAUAUAUAUUAUUGCUGCAAGGGUCACCUCCCUUGUGUAGCGAGUUAUGUACAUUAGUAUGCCUUCAUAAGUUAUAUCACUUCUAAACAAAUAUAUGUAAUAUAUAAAAUAUAUUACCUUUAUAGGAGUAUGAUUAAAUUUGUUAAUAUAUAAUGUUUUAGUCAAAUUUGAUUGUUAUUAUUUAACUGAAAGUUGUUAACUAUGUACUUGUACUAUAGAAGUGACCCUUUCCUAACCUCAGCGGUUUUACAGUUUUUUUUUCUCUCAAAUUCUGAUAUUUAUUGUCAUAACUAUAUAUUAUUAUUAUUAAGACAAUAAUAAUAAUAAUAAUUGUUAUUCCAGCCAUUACACAUAUUCUGUGCUAAAAGAGAUACUUUCAGCACAUUAUUAAUUAUUUAUAUAACAGAUUUCAUCACACUAAGUUAUAGGGGACACGUAGCUUACAUUGUCGACCUGAUUUUUGUGGUUUCUCCCAAUAUGGUACGAAGAGACAUGUAUGCUUCUUUACCAUCGGCGGUUAUUUUUAGCCACUAGGCUUUUUAUAUAAUGGAUAUGAAAUUCAUACGCCACAUUGAUAUAUUUUUUGUGUGUGAAACAAGCUAGAAUAUUUUUUCUUUCUUCCCUAGCAUUCUAUUCUUUCUUAGUUUUUGUUUCCAAAUUGCUUGUUGAAGACAUUUUUUCAGCCCAUCCCAUGUUUAUAUAUAUAAAUACAUUAUAUAUAUAGAUAUCUAUAUAAUGAAAAUUGUGUAACAAUACUAUUGUUUUUUGCAUGUCUUUCAAAGAUACACCAUUGAUUUUGUUUAUUUUUUUUUUGUUUUCACACAUAACACACCAACUAUAGCAUUUGAGUGUUGCAUUGUAAUAUAUUGGUAUCAUAGUAACACACUCCUCAGGCACUGUAGCCCCCUGUACAUCAGAACAUUUCACCCGUCAUCCGUGGCAUUUAUCAUGGUUUCUUGUUGUUUGAUGAUGUGCCAGCUACACAGUCUUUCAAGAUACUUUACCUUUGGGUCGCUGUCAAUGUUUAUUAGUGUGAUGGUGAUCGAUGGAUUAAUCAUUUCGUACGAGUUCAUUUUAUCGUGUUUUGAAGGUAUUUGGGUCCUUGCUAGCUUUAGUUUUGUUAUCCUUUAAUAUAACAAGAAAAAAUCCCACUGUAGAUGACAUUCUCCUUCACUGUGCUAUAUGCGCUACUAUUGUAUGUGUUAUGGGCUGUGGCCGUCUGGCUCUCUUACACUGGCGUCUCGCCAUACCUUGCCUCCUGGGUCUGUCAACUCUGAGGAAGGGUGGUGCUACCCAGGGUAGACAGUCUGAAGUCACUUAACAUUCUGUUAAGAUGCAAGCUUAAGGUUGUCUGCCAGUUUGUGUGUGAGAGGGGGUGGUAUCCUCAUCCCCGCAUAGCUGUACAGUUACAUCCUGUGGAAACUGAGAUCAUGUGAUAAGAUAGAGAUCAUGUGAGGAGAUGAAAAGAGAUCAUGAGAGAAAAGUCAUCUAAAAAUCAUUACAAAUAUCAUAGAUUUUAUAAUGUAAAUUAUGCAGAAAGUCGUUCAGAACAUUAACAUUAAAGAUGUUAUGCCUCAAAAAUUCAAUAUCAAUCCGGUUUCAAUUUCCAUGCAAGUUAAAAAUGCAAACAGAUAUUUUUUUAUUUUUGUACACAUAGUGAACAUAGAAAAUGAGUGGAGACAUUCGGUCAUUUCAAUUUUCAAGUUAUUAUUAUUAUUUUUUUUUUUUCCUCACACCAGAUUUUUUCAAAUCACUGGCAUAAUAAUAUGUAUGUUAACUGCAGCAUAUAUAGUUACAAUGUUUUUGUACAUCUGCUCUUAUUCAACAUUUUUCUCAAUCAUUUAUCCACAUUGUCAAAGAGCAAUAUGUGAGUAACCAGUAUUACCUUAUGGGACAUAGCCAUGUUUGUGUUAUGAGUUAUGUCCCCUGACAUAGCCUGGUUUCUGUUAUGAGCUAUGUACCCAACCCCCCACCCCCUGAUCUAGUCUUCUGUUAAUCUGAACAGAGAAUGAGUGAAGAGUUCACACAUUAGUGUAUUUAGAAGCAGAUUUUUCUUUGAUGAUUUUGUUAAACUUUCUUUCUACAACACAUCAUAUGUGAGAGAAACAAUGACAAAUCUCUAAUAUCAUCUGUAAUUAAUUUUCAGUAACUUAUUUAUUCACUGAGUUUGAUAUUGCCGUGUUUGUAUGUAUAUAUGAUCUGGAAGCACAAGGACCCAAAUACCUGCUUUCAAAACAAAUUAUUGGGGGAUUUUAGCAUGAACGGGUCUACCCACUAGGAAGAAAGCUAAGCAUAAAUGAUUUUUACCAAUAUGUAUACUCAAGACAUCUUAUUUCACCAGACAAUUAUGUGAAGAACAAACAGAUUUUUUUCAUGGAACUAAAGACAAAUUCAGCCAGUCAAAUGUAUUUUUAAGGAAUUGACAGUCUUGGCAAUUUUGGGAUUCUUCUCAGAGCAACAGAAAAUUUAUAUUUCCAAUGCAGAUUGUUGCCAUUAAGUUGUUUCAGUUUAUUUGGAAAGUUGUCAUUAUGAAAGACACCUGAUAUUUCCACCCUCUCUGUCUCUGUCUAUAUCUCUCUCCGUCUGUCUCUCAUUCUUUGUUUUGUUUUUUGACAAAUGCCUUUGGAAAAAAGGGGUUAUUUGUAAUACUAUUAUCCCUAUUAUUUGCAUUUGGACUUGAACUUGAUUGAUCUGGAUGAGUCCAUUGUGGUUUGUAAGGGUAUUUACACUAAAUCUGCCAGCGAGUUUACGCAUGUUUUGACUUUUCCGAGUAUCAGCUGUAAACUUUCCCUGACAUUUGGUAACGUUGAACUGUGAUAAUAUAUCAUCUGUAUAUAGUAGUCACUUAACAAUAGCAGAAUUAUAUAUAUAUAUAGUAAUACAUUUCCUCCAUAUAUACAUUGUACAGUAAUGUUUGUGGAAUACACAAGUGAGAAAAUAGUAAGAAUGUCACAGGACAGUCAGCUGUUUGGAAACACUACAUUUAAUUUAUUAUUAAGUUUGAUGCUCCUGAGCCUGUUAGUGUUUAGAUUUUGUGCAGUCAGCUGGGUACAUACAGUAGGAUGGGUAGACCCACUGUUACAAUCCCCUAAUGGUAAGGGGUGCAUUAGGAAGGUUUGUAAGAGCACUGAACAUGUAUUAGCAAUAACAUACAUUAACCAAUGAAACCCAAGAGUACAUAAUACACACUUUGAUAACCAUGUGCUUUAAUGCACAGCUGCCAACAGUGAUAUAGCAAGGAGGUAAGAAGGGGGAUAACUCUUGUUUGGAUGACAUUCAUUUUGCCAGGAGGAGAGAAACAUGAUUAAUAAUGCUGGAAAAAAAUCUUUCUUUAAUCUGAUGACUUGUUACUUACUCCUACAGCUAAAUAAUGCAAGUUACAGGGAAGAAAACUAAGAUUUUUUUUCUUUUUUUUUUCUUUGAUACAUUAUCUGAUAGUGACACUUUACUAAAAACCUUAUAUUGCAUUGUUGAAGUCUGCCAGGAAACUCCUUGUGUAUUUGUCGUUAUGAUAAGAAUACAAUUAGAACACACUCAAAAUUAGUUAACAAUUUUGAUAUUGAGAUGAAAGUAUGUAUGUCGCUGAUAAUGUGUAAAGUCUUGCUUUGAUUACAAUUCAAAUGAAUUAUCGGGAUAAAGAACAUGUUUGAGAUUGGAAUAUACAAAUAAAGAAUUAAUCUAGAGGACUUGAAACAUAAAGGGUUUUUGGCCCAUUAUGAACGCAGAGCAGCAAAUACCUAGGUACACUGAAUUGAUAAAGUUUUACCUAUAUAUCUAGAGUGAAUCUAUAUAUUUAAAGAAUUACCUCCCUUGCUCCAUUUUUUUUUGUUUUUUUUUUUUUUUUGUAGUUGAUAUUUUAUCAAAUGGUAUCCAUGGUAGAGUGUCGAUAUAGAAGUUGAAUUGUGAUUUUUAUGUAUGCUUUCUUACCUACUUUGUAAAGUCUUUUUCAAAAGAGUGUGUUGAAAAUUUCCCCAAGCAAUCAAAAUUCCUUUCUAGAUGCAUUAUGGUAGCCAGUCAAGUUUUAGAUUCUUGGAUAAAAAUAAUUGAAAAAGAAAAAAAAAAUUAGACUUUUAAAUGUUUGUUGCAAAUGAAAUUGUUUUUUGAUCAUGAUUUGUGAUUUGCGAAACCAUUAUGUACUCUUGGCGGUGCAUGGAACAUUUGUAUAGGACUUAAUUAAUGUAUCCUCAUUGUAGUGCAUGGUUUUUAUGGUAUUUGCAUUGAUAUCUUCAAGGUUCAUAAAUUUUAAACAACUUACAUGCCAAGAGCUGGAGAGUGGGUACAGUGAGUUGUUGGUCCCACCCAGGAGGUAUCUGUUACCAUUGGGGACUGGUCACUGCAGCUGUACUUACUCUCCGUAGUAUAUUGUGAUAUAUGAAAGUUUCGAGUCAUGUGAUUGGUCAUGUGAUCCAGAGAUCUUGCCAAACUUCACGAUUAGAAUGGGAGAGAAGCCAUUAUGAUAAGAGGACACUUCAUUUUGACAAAAUUGUUCAUAAAAGUAGUUAAGAAAAGAUGACAUUCCUUUCAAAAUAUAGUAUAUAUAUUAUUUAUAGUAAUAGCAGUUCAAAGACGUUUUUUUUAUGAGGAGACAUUUGUAAAAGCACAGAUAAUCACAAUCCUUGUGCCAUUUCCAAUGAUGACUCUACUGAAGUCUGUUUUAGCAUACAACCAUUGGUGAUUUUACUUAAGUUCAAACAUACCGUUUCAUUUUUUUAUAAAUGGAUUUUAUCUAAUGUGUACAGAACAUAACACAUUUUAUCAGCUCAAAGAAUCUUUAAAGAUGAAAACUUGUUAAUAUUUAUAGACACAUGUCGGACAUUUUUUAAUUUAUUUCCGUCAUUUCACUCACUCAUCCUAAGGUCUAUUAGACAAGGUUUUACAUAGGGGCCUCAGUAUCAUUAUUUUAUCUCCCAGGUAUAGUGCUGUGAUAUUUUAUUUCAUCCUCAUCAGUUUCACAUUCAGUCACCACUUGUAAAAAAAACGAUGUUAAAUCUUAUUAUCUACGGCUGUUAAACCUUCUCUAACAGUGGAGAUGGAAACUAAUGAUGUGCUUUGGGCUUUAACAUUGCCAGUUGAUUCACUUUCAGAACUCCCAUCCAGUUGAACAUUCUGUUACAUCAACAUUUUUAUAGAAGUCAGGAGUACAGACCAGACAUUAUCUUAUGGAAUCAUUAAAUCGUGGAAUGAAAUAAAAAGUAGUAGUUAGUCUUUAUUUUACUAUUGAUUGUUAAUUCCGGCCCAGAUUACAUGACUAGUUUCUCAGCUCACUGUUGCCCAGCAUGCGCCCAAUAGAGAUGUGCACUAUAUUUUUGAUUUGGUGUUUAGGUUAGUAGUUAAUUUACUGAACUUUGUACUUUUGUGCUGGACUUCAGUGACUCCAGUCUCAAUAUAUUACAAAUUUGUCAAGAACGUGAAAAUAAAAUAAAAAAGGAAAUCUGCACUACCUAUCAGUGAUGGCAGUCUUUAAAUUUUUUGGAUGAUUGAAUGACACAUUUCAAUGGUUUUUCUUCUUUUGGAAAUGAGAUUUAGCAAGCAAUAUUGUUGUUAAGAUAUUAUGAAGAGAAUGAACAGCCUGGUUUAGAUAGCAUGUUUGACCGACUCGAUUGGGGGAGGAGCUUGAUGUACGGGUAAAAGAGUCCCUCACUUGGUGCAGGGUAGGUUAAAACCUAUCUCAAUUGUAACAUUACCACAUAGAUCUGUUAAUGUCAUCUUUUAUUGUACAGAAAAUACUAAAAAAGCGUUUGAGCUGCCAGUUUGUUAAUGUGAUAUAGACGACCUUUAAUGAGGUGGACAAGAACAUGCAACAACAGCCCAUGGUCUCUGUUGGUUCCAGUAUGGUGUGAGAGUGCAUGUGGUUUUUGUCAAGAUUCAUUUGAAAAUGAUUACUUUAAAACGGGUGAACGUUCAUGUAGAUAUGAUUGCAAAUACCACCUGGAAAUAAGAAUUUAAACAGAUUUACACAGGAAAUAUCUUGGAAUAAAAAUUGGGCUGAAA